CGGAAACUUUGACGUGAUGGCUGAAAAAGAAAUAUUGGACAUCUAAUUAGCACUAUGACAACAAUAACGCGCACAUUUAAAAACAGUUUUCGAUGAGGGAAAGCAUAUAUAAUUUAAUACCUUUAGAACAGCCACCUAAAGCUUCCUUUCCAAGAUAUAAAUCAUGUAGCCAGAGAGAAGUAAUAUCCUUAUUUAACAUUAAAAAGUUUCCUUGUAAAACUAUGGGAGUCCCAAAAGUUAAUCCACCAAAUCCGCAAUGCUAUCUUAAGAUGAGGCACUCAGCACCUGAAUUAUUUCGUAAAAACGACGAGCCGUUGAAGGGCAGCUAUUAUAAAUGUAACCUCUCAGCUAAAAGAGAACCCCUGCCGUCUCUUAAAUCUAAAGCAAUAAACGUCGUUUCAUGCAAAGAUUUUAUCAAAAAGAAUAUAAGGAUGAUAGAAGCGUCAGUGCCUUCAAAACCCAAACCGUUUGUGGUAGAUACGAGGACAGGCCAUAAGUUUGAUAUCAAGUGUUCUGGUCUUGAGCCUUUUUAUAUUAAGCGUAAGGAUUUUGGUGAAUUGCCGAAAUAUCUAUCUGAGCGUGAGAAAGCCGCUUCUGAAGCCCAAAAGAACUAUGAAGAAUACAUUAAACAACUUAAGGAGAAAAAUGCUCUGAUGGUUAUCACAAAAGAUGAGAAAAAGUCUUUAAUUGAUCAACUAAAAGACAAGUGGCAGCAAAGAUAUAGACAGUAUCAAUCUUUAUCCGUUGUGAUUGACACUCCCCCAAAAAUGCACCACAAAUUAUGGCUUGAAAAAGAAAUGGAAGACAUAGAAAAAGACAUAAACCUCCUGGAAGGAUACGAUUAUAUUUACGUUGCCAAAUAAAUGUCAUAUUAAACAUUUAUAAUAAAAAGUGCCUACAUACGAUUGUUGCACUAAUACUCACACUGGCUAGUGUACUGAUUUCUCAUAUUUCCUAUUCUGAAGAAAACACACUAUUUUUUCUUCAUUUGAACUCUGUAACAACUUAUCCCCAAGUUUAUUUCAGAAAUGCUAUGGUAUCCAGAAAGGUGCAUUUACAGUUUUCACAUGCACCUACAAAUUUCUCUUUCAUUUUGUUUUGCAAUAUUUUUCCUCACUCUUUGUAGGUAUGUGAUUUAGAUUACGAUGUUGCUCGCAAUCAAAAAUUUACAGUUUUGUGAUUGGAACCAUUUGUAUCCUUCAUUUUGGCCACUUAGGACAGAAGUUUAAUUGAGCUAUACUCUGUAGUAAGUAGAACAGCGAUGCGCAAAUAUUUACUUAUCAGCUGUGCCACUAGCAGACAGUUUUUACACAAAUCGGGUUAAAGUAGCCUGGAGAAAGCGAUACCUAUGAGUCAUGUGAAAAGUAAGACACACAAACUGUUACAACAACUUGUUCAGCCUUUAGUAGUAUAGAGAGCAAUGGAUUCCUUACGACUGAUUGGGAGUUAUGGCUAGCAUACGAUUGAAAUUUAGGAAAAUUUAGUUACAAUUCCAAAGGUUACCAGUCAACAUGAUGAAAUGCAUCGCAGAAAUCAUUUUCUGGUGUUUAGUAAACUAUUACAUCUGCCUUGAACUCCAAGGAAUAUCAAACGUGAAAGGUUACUGUUUGGACAAAGUAAAAUAUACGAUUCCAAUAAAUCUGAUAUGCUCCAUUGCACUAUAUUUUCAUCAUGCAUUGGACUUAUAAAUUUUAGAACGUGAUACUAUGGUUUGUGUAUUACACCAUAACCAAAAGAACUAAUUCAAAUAGUUAGAUUAAAGCUGAUUGUUGAUGGUAUUCAUAUUUACUUGAUUUUAAAAUGAAUUGCUUUUAAAUUUUCUUAAUGCCCUUCGUUAUAAG